ACGCCGGCGUCUGCUGGGGGACGUUCUGUGACGUGUCUUUUACGUAGGCUUUAUCAGGCGUCUUCCCGGGAGGCAGCCUCCCUGUUCUCCCUGCUCCUUAAAGCCUGCUGUUCCUCCGGCUAUUGGGAUUCUUGAUUUCCGGAACUUGAAUUUUCAGCCAUGUCUUCAGAAGAAGGAAAGCUCUUUGUGGGAGGGCUCAACUUCAACACUGAUGAGCAGGCACUUGAAGACCACUUCAGCAGCUUUGGGCCUAUUUCUGAGGUGGUUGUUGUCAAGGACCGGGAGACUCAGCGAUCCCGGGGUUUUGGCUUCAUUACCUUCACCAACCCAGAGCAUGCCUCAGAUGCCAUGAGAGCCAUGAAUGGAGAGUCCCUGGAUGGGCGCCAGAUCCGUGUGGACCAUGCAGGCAAGUCUGCCAGGGGUACCAGAGGUGGUGCCUUUGGGGCCCAUGGGCGUGGUCGCAGCUACUCUAGAGGUGGUGGGGACCAGGGCUAUGGAAGUGGCAGAUAUGACAGUCGACCUGGAGGAUAUGGGUAUGGAUAUGGACGGUCCAGAGACUAUGGUGGCAGAAGCCAGGGUGGUUAUGACCGCUACUCAGGAGGGAAUUACAGAGACAAUUAUGACAACUGAGAUGAGGCCUGCACACAAUGUAGAUACACAAGGAAUAACACUUCUGAUCCAGGAUCGUCCUUCCAAAUUGCUGUAUUUAUAAAUGGAGCUGCGCUGAAACAUCUGUUUUAGUACAUCAAGUUCUAUUUUUGAAUUGAGCUCCCAAGGUAGCUUGUUAAAGACCUUUUAGAAAGCUCCAUGUGUUCUUGAAAACGUUUUUUUCCCAUUGAAAGACAAAUUCUGAGACAUUUGCAGAGUCCCAAUAUUUAUCCUUUUACCAGAAUUUUUGUUGGGUUCUCAGGAUUAUUAUGUCUGGAAAAAAAGUGUGGCCAGACUGGUGUUUUUUUUUAAUUAACAUGUAUCUAGAGACAUUUUUAAAACUUGUACACGAUGUUUAUUAUGGCCAGAAAGUAAUUUCUGAAUGUACCUAUAAGCAAUCUGUAUCCAGAAAAUUACUUACAGAUGUUUUCUAUUCAAGAUCACCACCCGGGUUAUAUAGAAGAACUUUAAAAUGUUUGUGAAUGUCAUUUUUUUAAUACUGGAAGAAAAAAUAUUCUGUUGUGUCUCAUGUAGUGUUUAGGAUGUCCUUCACGGAGCUAAUUAAAAAGAUGAAACCUGAAUACAAA